AUAUAUAUUUUUGCAUUUAUUGAUAAAGUUAGGAUUCCUUAUAAUGCCAAAUAUUUAAUUAUUUACUUUAUGUAUUGAUUGUGACUAGCCCUAUGAGUGAUUGCUUUCAUUACACAAAUGUGUAUGGGAUUUCGUUUCUUUUAUUGGAUUUGCUUGGCAUUUAGGACAAGCCUAAUAGAAAUUUUGAAGGGUGUUGAAAGCAUUUAUAGUGCUUUUCUUUUGCUUUGAAUCAUUGAAUCCUUUCUGGGAAUUGAAUUAGGGUGUUUUGUAAUUUAAUACAUUCGGGUUCUUUUAUUAAGGCCUUUAGUAGUAUAAAUUUUGGCAGUAUUAGGAAGUAGACAUUUUUUUUCCUAAAUAUCUUUUGAUCUCCAUAACUCCAGUGUCUUUUUUUAUUAAUGUCCGAUUUAUUUCUGCUUUCUUCCUCAUCGAACUACCUGCUAAUCAAUCAUGACUGUUGACACAAAAUGAGGACAUGAUACAAUAUGGAUAUAGGAGCGUAAUAAAAUAGUAAAAGGUUGAUCAAUGCUCGCAGAUGAAACACAGGUAAAACCACAAUCAUAACAGACAUGAGGGCAUGAUAAAAUUGCAAUAUGGACAUGUCAUAACACAACACUUCAUUCAUGAACAUAAUAUAUUCUUUUAUAAAUUAUUAAUAGUACAUGCUUAAUCAUCAAAGUACCUAAUUCCAAAAUCUUUUCAAGUAAAAAACUUGAAGUGCAUGUAAAUAUCAACAAAUCCAAAUAAAAGUGUACACCUUUGGAAAGAACAACACAAAAUAUGAAAUUCAUGUAUCACUAAUUUAGUCAAACCAAUUGGGUCGUCUCGUCUCCGUGAUCAUUUCGGAGACCAUUUCUAAUACUAGGGCUCGUAUCAAUAGGAUAUCAUCAUCAAUCAUAUAUUAGGGGGUUCUCAAUAGGAAUCAACCAUCAUCGAGACAAAAUAUAGCUUUCAAAGCUAGUUCAAUCCGAAAAGAAAUAAUAUAGGUCACCAUCAUUACGUGUGAAAGUAUCGUUAGGGGCAUGCCCUUUUGAAGUGCCAGUGCUUCAUCAUCAUAAUAACUACUUGUCAAAUACUACAAAUUGGUUGGCUCAAUGAACUAAUUUUAAAUUUUCUUUUAGUAUCUUGUCUUGGAAGAUUAAUGACAUACCUUUUUAAGCCACAUAUCUUAUAAGAGGAAGUUUUUUUUUUAGCAUCAUAUUUAGAAACAUUAGGAAAUGAACCUGAACUGGAACCAUAUAGGGCCUCGUUGAUUAUUUAUUUACUUGAGAAUAAGAUGCCAAUCAUCUGAUGUUCGCACAAGUGUAUAAUGUCAAAUGCAUUAAACCUCUAUAACAUCAGAGAUAUUUAUUUUGCAGCUGGAUUAUAUAUAUGUAUAUUUUUUCAAAUUUAUUUUAUAGUGAUGAACAAUUUCUAAUUUAAUUUCAUUUCACAUCGCGAACUCUUUAUUUGCAACUAAAAAAGCUGUUUGUCUACUAAUGCGUGCUGCCAGGUCGGGGUUUUGUUUUUUCCUAUAUAUUUAUUUUUUAUGUAGAUGUUGAAGUUUGGCUUAUGAAGGUCCAUUGAUUUUGUUAUUUAAAAUCAACGGGUCACGUUGUGUAGCUUUCAAAGGGUGGGAAACUCAUUUGGAGAGCGAGAGCUGUAGUAGGCUCGGCUUCUUUUUUCAUCCUCUAAUUUGUUGUAUUCAUUUUUUUUACUCAUUUGUUAAAUCAUAUGGGAGAUAAUAUUUUAUUUAACAUGAGAUAAUUAAUUAUUGUUGUAAUGCACGUUCAACGAGUUUUUUUUUUUUUUUUUAAUUUCAUUUUUUAUAGCCAAAAGUUAAAUAAAAAAUAGUAUUACAAUUAUUUUGUGCUUUAUGAGGAUGCUUGAGAAUGGAUCGGCUCGGGCUUAGAUUUAUUGAUGUAAUAAAUAUUUAAAUCAAAUAAUAGUGAUGUAAUAUUUAUUUAAUAAUAUUAUAUGUACUUUCAAUUUUAAAUGUAAUAUUAUCUGUUUAAACUCAUUAAAUUAAUUUAAAUUAUUUAAAUGGUUCAGUUGAAGUAGACAAUUUUUGACAAAUUAGAGCAGGUUCGGUGACUUCUUGUGACCAAAUGUGAAGAUAUCAUAUAGUUUAGAUCAUUAUAAGUUUCAUGCAAAUUAAAUUCGUUGACUAGUCUUGUCAGCAAAUUUGAAGAUAUCAUGAAGUUAAGAUCAUAAUGAGUUUUAUGCAAAUUAAAUAUGCAAUAGCUAUUAGAUUGCACUUGUAUCAAAAGAAAUUUAAUAAAAAUAUUAUUUAAUUUUAGGGUUUAGAUUAUGUUUGGGAUGGUUUUUUUAUUAUUUUUUAAAUUAGUUUUUAAGAUUUUACAUGCUUUAUUAUUUGUCUUGAAUGAUGCUUUUGAAGUGAAGAAAAAGUUAUGAAGACUUUAGAUUAGGUGUUUAAAAAUAGUUGUAAAUAACAUAAAAAAUAAAGAUAACUAUCUAAUUUUAUUUAAAAAGCAUACACUUGAAGUCAAAACAUAUCAAAUAAAUCAAGAAAUUUUAUUCAUAAAAUUAUCUCAUUCAAAAAUUGAAAAUUAAAAUGCAAACCAACUUGUAUUUAUUCACAUUACAUGUCACAACCCAACCCGGUAAAACAUAUAGAGUGGACAUGUCAUAUCGUGUUGGUUUGCUAUAAGCAAACCUGGGAACUAAGUUUUGGAAACAUUUUAGAAAUUUUGUCCAAAUUUUAACUUAAAACAACAAUAAUCACAAAGUUACUAAUAACAUUGAGUGUAUAAAAAAUAAAAUACAAAAUUAUGUUUUUCAUUUCAUCAUCAAAAUGAAUAUACAAUUAAAGCAUAUGGUUAUAUACUGGGCUACCAAACAUAAUAAUAAAAUUAACUAGCCCUAAUUAUAUCUCAAAAAAAAGGGUAAUAACUUUACAAACUCAUAUCAGAUCUUGACAUUGCUCAACUGAAACAUAAAACGAAGCAACUAUGAGCCAUUACAGCUUAGCAUGUUACAUUUACUAAUUUAAAUUUUUUAAAAAAUAUAUUAUUAAGCAUUUAACUAAGUGUUAAAUGUAUUUGAAUAAAUUACUAUGCUGAGUAGAAUAAUAUUUAUAAUUAUCAAUAAUUUAAACAAUGGUAUUUAAAAAAUAAAUAAAAAAGCACUUCAUAUAAGACAAAUUAAAAGAAUUCUGAUAACUUAAUGUGCAUUUAAUAUUAGAACAUGCUUGUAGACCCUAUGAUAUAUAUUUAGCACUGGAACUAAGCUUCCACUAUUCACCCCACAAAUCCUCAAAAUCACAUAAUUCAAUCAUAUAAUUAUAUAAUUCAUUGCUUCGUAGUAACUAAAAUAUAAAUGAACUUGGUUUAGAAUUUUUCCAAAUGCUAUAAUGGUAGGCAAAAUAAUACACUAUUAUACAUAAAUUAACUAUUUUAGAGUGUAACCAAAUUAUUAGAGAUUAGGCAAAACAUUAUUUAAAAACUUUAAUUGUACUACGAUAUUAUUUUUUAGAGUUAGGAUGAUUUUCUAAUGAAUUAAAAUUGUGAAAUUCCUAAAUCCUGCAGUGUAAAAUUUUCAAAAAAAAAAAAAAAAAAUCUAAAUGCAAAAUCAUUUCUUCAAUAGCAUAUAAAAGGUUACGUAAUAAAGGUUUUACAGAUAACAAGUUAUCACUAUUUUUUGCUAAUAAAAUUAUAAAAUUAAUCAGAAAAUUAAGAAAAUCUCAUUGUUUUUAAAAAAUGAGAUUAAUAAAAUGUCACCUAAAUCGAAGUUGCUGGAAAUUAAUAAAAUUCUUUCUCCAGCAUGCAUAUCUACCUUAGAAUAAAAUGAAUGGGAUUUUUGUGAAAAAUGAUAAUUUAUUAUUAAAAUUCGGCCAAACAUCGACGUUCCCUAUGACAUUUUUUAUUACGCUCCCUUAAAGAACCACAUCGUUGCAACUUCACCACAACACCGAUGCGCUAAUUUAUUUUCCAAUUUUCUUAAUAAUAUCCACCAACCCUAGCGUCAGGGCAUUCUAGGGAAAUUAUUCAAACUUUUUCAAACAUGUGAACAGACUCCUAUGACCCAUUCAGAACACAUAUAGACUCUCACAUGCAUACAAAAUUAUUCUCAAGCACAUGUAGAAGGGUUCAAUGCAAAAAAUUUAAUGGAUUAUUUUGAAUAUGUUGAUUUGAAUCCCUGGUGAUUUGAAUCCUUAAGAUAAUUUAGUAUACAAUCAAAAAUAAGUUAUAUAUGUAAUGAUUUGAAUCCCCAAAAUUAAAUUAAUUUUUAUCAUAAUAACCCAAAAUAUUAAACUUGAGUGUUAAAGAUUACAUAUUUUCUCACGAAUUAUUAAAAAAGAAGGCGCGACAGCGAGCGCGAUAAAAAAAAGAAGUAAAGCCCGCCGUCCUCUCCGCCCAACAAUAGCGCAAAACUUUCGAAAAUUCCCGCCGCUUCUAUCGACUAUAAUUGUUCCCUCCCCUCCUCCCGCUACUAUUAACACCCAUUUACGACUAGCUGCUUCUUCUUCCUUCUUUUUUCUUCUUCUUCGACGCCUAUUCUCUCUCGCCGCUGCUAUGGCGAAGCAAGGCAGAGCCAAGAAACAAAACAAGUUGGGCACAGGAAUAAUCACUCCAAUGCAGGUUGCUUUCAUUGUCGACUGUUAUCUGUCCGACAACAACUAUUCCUCGACCCUAUCCUCCUUCAGAUCUGAGGCCUCCGAUCUCCUCCCGAGAACACAUAGAAAUGAGGUGCCCGAGGGGUUGAUGGGAUUGGACCGAAUACUUGACGAGUACAUCCGCCUCAGGGCACAGAGACUGGCCAUGGAUCGAGAGAAGCAGAAGGUUGAGGCGGUAAUGAAGGGCAUGCAGGAUUUGAUACGGGUUUACCAUUCUGAGACCGGGGAAGACGUAUCUGUGCCUAUUGCAACGAAUCCUCCGCAGAUCAUGCCUUCUCCGACCGUUCCAUUCUUUUGUGGACCGAACCCUCUAAAUUCCUCUCAUCCAAGCAAUAUGAUGCCUGGACCUCCUAUUAGAAACAAUUCAAAAUCACCUUUGUUGCCACCGAAGGCUGGUGAAGCUAGGUUUUCCACCCCUACAUAUAUUCAGUCCUCCACUAAGAGGAAGGCUUCAAAAUCUAUUGCUAAAGACCCUCCAUCUCCGAAGAGGCUAUGCACUCAGUCAUCUAGUGUGCCAAAUAUUGUAAAAGGAGUUGGAUUAUGCUCACAAGAAACUUCCACAAGCAAUAUUGCUGGCUGUAACAAAGAGAAACGCCCAGUUGUUCUGUCAGCGUCUGAUGAUAAUUCAGCCAUUCAGCCUUCAGUUCAAGGUUCUUCUGUUGCUAAGAAAUUGUUCAGGCAUCCAGAGGGGUUUCAACCAAAUGGUUCUUCUCCUAAGACUCCGCCUCAGGCAUUCACCUCUCAGAUGGAAAAUUCUCUUUCUCCAUUGGAGAACUCAGUUUUAAAUGCUGCUGAUAAUAAUUGCUUCCCUAAUGUCACCUCAUCUAGCUGUUCUUUGAUAUCUUCCGAAACAAUCAUUAUCAGCCCUCUGAAACACAAAGGUUACUAUGCUGUCGAAAGGAGCUAUCAGGUCACCUGUUCUCCUAUUAAAACAUGCGCAACUAAGCUUGGAAAAAGAGAGCAUGUUAAAAGCAGACUUGAUUUUGACAAGGCUGAUGCUUUCGAGAGCAUGGAGAAACCUUUCGCAGUUGAUAAUUCUACUUCUCCUUCUGAUGCUGAAACAUCUGUUGGUCUUGAUUUUGACCUACCUGAUUUUGAAAUUUUUGAUGGGGAUUUCUUAUCCGGGCUUUUAGUUGAUAUUGGUGAUCAGAACGAAGGCCUUUCUGGUUGCCAUACUGAGAACACUUGCUUCCUUGCUGGGGCUGAGGAAUGUGAGGGUUAUUUAAAUACUUCUGAUUACUCUAUAUCAGCAACCGCAGGUGCAAGCGCUGAGUGUAUCGGAUUGCAAGGAAGUUCUGACGGCGUGACUCCUGUAGAAAGAAAGUAGCAGGAUGAAUCAAGAUUACUAGUCCCGUUAAGAAGAGAGCGUUGUGGUAAUGUGAAUGAAGAACAUAGAUCAAUCACUGACAGGUUAUAAAUUCAAUCUUAGACCGACUGUUGCGGUUUCAAUUAUGAACUGCCUCAUCAAAGUUUCUAACCUUAAAUAUAUUGUUGGCUUUGCACUUUCAAUUUCAUUAAUCAUCCAUAGUUGAUCUGGCUGCCCUUAGUUUGUAUAGGCAAAAGAAGCUAAUAAAGCUAAUUUCCAUCGCCUAAAGCUGUUGCAGCUUAUCCCUAAAUCCUAAAGCGAAGCAAAACAGGUCAAUAUUUAUUUUGUUCUAUGUGAUGUGAUGUGAUGUAGGCCCCUAAGACUUAAUCUAACCUCUUUGUUCAAAUUGAACAUCAAAAAUCUUUUAUUUUUUACGUCAGUUUUAUUUGACUAUAUACUUGUGUGGAUACAUGUUGGUGU